GCCUCCUCUCUCCUUCACAGGUCAUGAGCCUGGGUUGAUGCAGUUGGUGAAUUACUACAGAGGGGCUGACAAACUGUGUCGCAAAGCUUCUUUAGUGAAGCUCAUCAAGACAAGCCCAGAACUGGCCGAGUCCUGCACGUGGUUCCCUGAGUCCUAUGUGAUUUAUCCAACUAAUCUCAAGACCCCAGUUGCUCCAGCUCAGAAUGGAAUCCACCCCCCGAUCCAUAGCUCAAGAACAGACGAAAGAGAGUUUUUCUUGGCUUCUUAUAACAGAAAGAAAGAAGAUGGAGAGGGCAACGUUUGGAUCGCAAAGUCAUCCGCCGGUGCCAAAGGUGAAGGCAUCCUCAUCUCCUCGGACGCUGCAGAGCUGCUGGACUUCAUAGACAACCAGGGCCAGGUGCACGUGAUCCAGAAAUACCUUGAGCACCCUCUGCUUCUGGAGCCAGGUCAUCGCAAGUUUGACAUUCGAGAGGGUGUGCUUCGGACUGCUUCCGAGCCGUACCACACGGAUAACUUCCAGGACAAAACCUGCCACUUGACCAAUCACUGCAUUCAGAAGGAGUACUCAAAGAACUACGGAAAGUAUGAAGAAGGGAACGAAAUGUUCUUCGAGGAGUUUAAUCGGUACCUGACCAGUGCUUUGAACAUUACCCUGGAAAGCAGUAUCUUACUACAAAUCAAACAUAUAAUAAGGAGCUGCCUCCUGAGCGUGGAGCCCGCCAUCAGCACCAAGCACCUCCCUUACCAGAGCUUCCAGCUCUUCGGCUUCGACUUCAUGGUGGAUGAGGAGCUGAAGGUCUGGCUCAUCGAAGUCAACGGCGCCCCUGCUUGUGCUCAGAAGCUUUACGCGGAGCUGUGCCAGGGCAUCGUGGACCUUGCCAUCGCCAGCGUCUUCCCGCCCCCGGACGCGGAGCAGCCGCAGACCCAGCCGGCCGCCUUCGUCAAGCUGUGACCCAGGGAGGUGCCCAGAGCUGCCUCAGGAGACACGCGAUGGCGAUGGGGCCCUGCUCCGGGGGGAAGGAGGCGUGUCCGAAUUGCACGUUAUCAAGGCAAACAGGAGGAAGGGCUGCAGAGACGUGAUGGGGGAGAGCGCAGGAGGAGAAAAGGCAUCCUGCCCGGGAGUGGCUGCCCGGAGGCCCCCGGGUGGACCUCUCUGCACUGCUUCUGAGAUUCAAAAACUGCAGUAGGUUACUCUGAGCAGAGAGCAAAAUGUUCUUCUAAGGGGGAAAAACAGGGAUUUGCUUAUCUUACGUCCUCAUCCUUGGAGAAGUCUGAUUUUUCCCCUACGGCGGCGCUGUGGGCAGCGCCUCUCCCCGCGGGGUUGCCGCCGGUGGGACCUGGUCGGUGUCGGCCCCGC